AUGAAAGGAUAUCCUGGGCACAUUGAUUGGCCUUCCAAUGCAAACAUCAAAAGGAUGGAGAAGAUAAACCCGACUUUGAAGACUAUUAAGACCUUACUAUACAAUGGAGGAUUAAUUUAUGCGUUCUUGUACUCUGUUGUCGUCAUGUUCGUCGAACCGAUACUGCAAAAGCAGUAUUUGCAAAGACACGAUUUAUCUUUAUCGACUUUAUUGCAUUUGAGGAGAUGCAUCGCACAACUACAAAAAAAGCUAACGAAGACUCCGGUAUCUGCGCUAGGGUACAAUGAACAUGAUAAAUAUAUGGAGAGGUCCACGCAGACGUCAGAUGAUAAUAUUAUACAGGAGGAUAAUAGCCAUUGGCCAGAAAUAAAUGUUCAAUUGCAAAGCGUGAAGCAGGAAUUACAAUACUUUAACAAAUUUUCAGGCCAAACAUCUGAAACCAUAGAAGAUUUUGUAUUCCAAACUAAAAUGGUGACUGAUCAAGUUCAAGUAACGGAUAAUUCUCAAAUUUUCUCAAAUAAGUCAAGAGAUAUUAUUCAGGGUAUUCGGGAGAUGAAAGGUUGGUUUGUUAAUGGUCAAGUGCCAAGGUAA